UUACAACCGCAGAUGGGAUUAGACCAAUAAAAUAUCAUCUAUAUCCGCAAGGAAUAUCUUUUAGGAUUAUCAUCUUCUUUCGCAUUAAUUUCUAAAUACACAUCGCAUUCCCACCAGAUAAACUCUUUUAGGAAUAUCUUCUUCUUUCUCCAUGUUAAAGGAAAUAGGAUAUUCAUAUUAGCAUGCUAAGACCCAAAAACCUGAUAAAUGACGUCAUCGUGAAUUAGCAAAAAUUAAUGGAAGAAGGGGAAAAAGAAAAAAGAUUUUGAUCUUCUUGUGGAAAAAGUUGCAAUGGCGGAUGAGGAGGUGAUUCUGUUGGAUUUCUGGGGAAGCAUGUUUGGAAUGAGGGUUAGAAUAGCUUUGGCUGAGAAGGGAAUCAAGUACGAGUACAAGGAAGAGGAUCUGUGGAACAAGAGCACUCUUCUUGUUGAGAUGAACCCCAUUCACAAGAGGAUCCCGGUUCUCAUCCACAACGGAAAAUCCAUUUGCGAGUCCCUCAUCAUUGUCCAGUACGUCGAUGAGGUUUGGCAUGGCAAAGCUCCAUUGCUUCCUUCUGAUCCUUAUCAAAGAGCUCAUGCCAGGUUUUGGGCUGACGUUGUUGAUGACAAGAUGUAUGAUGCUGGGAAAAAUGUUUGGGCCACAAAAGGAGAAGACCAAGAGGCAGCCAACAAGGUAUUCUUUGAUACCUUGAAGCUGUUGGAAGCAGAGCUUGGAGACAAACCCUACUUUGGAGGAGACAGCUUCGGGUUUGUCGACGUUGCCCUCAUUCCGUACUACUCCUGGUUCCAUGCAUACGAGACAUUCGGCAACUUCAGCAUCGAGGCCGAGUGCCCCAAGCUCAUAGCGUGGGCCAAGAGGUGCACGGAGAAGGAGAGCGUCUCCAAGUCUCUUGCUGAUGAGAAUAAGAUCUGCGAGUUUGUUUCCCAAUUGAGGAACAAGUUUGGCAUCGAGUAGAUCUAGAAAGAGAGAUAGAAACAUCUCUAUUGGGAUAUCUGUGUUGAUCUCUUUUGUCCAUCCAUGGAACUAGCUUGCUAGAUAUAAUUGCUUUGGAGUACACUUUGGUGUGUCGUACAUAUGAUUGAUGAAUAAUCCUUUGGUAGAGGCUAUAUUGCUCAAAUGUCCUUCGAUGAAGUGAAAAAGUUGGUUCCUUAUUUGAAUAAUAUAUAUUUGAUCUUUUGAAA